AUCUAUUAUUAUGCAGGUGGCCAGUCUUACUCCUAUGGAGAAUUUAAGGACAGGAUAACAGCUGCAACAGGUCCAGGGAAUGCCUCAAUAACAAUCUCCAACAUGCAGCCCUCAGACACGGGGUCCUACACCUGCGAAGUUUUCAGCCCCCAGGGUGAUGCUGGACAGAGUCAAAAAUCUGUGAUUGUUAAUGUGCUGGUCAAACCAUCAAAACCUUUCUGCAAAAUAGAAGGAACACCUGAAAAAGGCCAUCUAAUCUACCUCUUAUGCAAAUGUGAUGAAGGAUUGCCACACCCUACCUAUCACUGGUACAAGGUAGAUGAGAACACCCUCAAGCCUGUGACUGAACAACUCAAUCCAAACACGGGUAUUCUUUACAUUGGCAAUCUCACCACCUUUGAAACUGGGUAUUACCGGUGUGUAGCCAGCAAUGUCCUGGGGAACAGCACCUGUGAGCUCGACCUAACUGCAAAGCAUUCAGACAACGGUAUUAUUGCUGGAGCGUUAAUUGGAGCGGUUCUGGUAGCUGCUAUCAUUUGUGUUAUCGUCUGGGUGUUAACCAAGAAGGCAAAAAAGAAGACAUCAAGUAGUGAGAUGCA